AUGGAGCGUGCUGCUGUAAACGGACAUAAUUCGGGACCUUCGGAAGGACAACCUUACACGAAUGGCUUUCAUGAUCACACCAUGGAGGAACUUGAGCGUGAACUUCCUGUUGUUCAUGAUGGGCAAGUGCCGCUAGGAGAGCUUGUAUCGCGGACGGUCCAGGCGAUUUAUGCCGAGCUCUCAGAAUUAGCGGAAACGCUUCCGAAUAUGUCCGAUACUGCUCGAAAACGGACAUUGGCGGAUUGGGUGGUGCAGACGAAGAGGCAGGUAGUGAAGUUAUACGCAGUGGUGAAGUGGGCGCGUGAUGCGGAUGUUGUACAAAAAGCCAUGAAUGUCACAGCAUUCCUCAUGGACCAAAACCGCCAGUUUGAGGAUGCCAUUCACGGACUAAAAUAUGCCAAAGACAGCCUUGAUCCGGCUAGGUUGCGGAAUCAUGAUCUACUGACCUCCUUGGAUGUCCUCACCACCGGCUCUUAUCGGAGGCUGCCCUCUGCGAUCAAGAAAUUGGUCGUUCCUAUCGCACCUCUUUCAGAUGACGAAGUUGCAAAAACACUGACCGAUGUUGAAGCAGCGAUACGCUUUAGACUUAAGAUGACCGAGAUCAUACCUGCCGAGAUGUCUCAAUAUCGCAUUGGCAAGGCACUCUUUCGAUACGAUUUCGGCAAUACUGAACUGGCCUUACAGCUGAUGGUCGCGUUAACUUCGUCGUACCAAAACUAUUCGAGACUUCUCUUUGCGUUCGGGGUGCUGAGAAGGAUGAUGGCUGGUUUUUUGUCAAUGUCGAGUUUUUAUUUACUGUUGGCGGAGAUCGGACUGGGAUGCAAGGUAGAAUGGCCUAUCUUCCUUCAUCGUCAUGGUUCUCAUUCGUCCUCAGAGUUCCCUCGCAAACCAACUGGUCUGCUCAAGAGGCACAUAACAGACGAGGCCGAUGCUCGCCUUGCGUUCUACCUUCCUCUUCUCCCUAACCAAGGUCCGCCUCCUGAGAAAGAAGCGCCUACACGACCUCAACUUCCUGAAGGGGUCUCUGACGCGCCCCUCGUACGUGUUUUCAAUUUUCUCCAGAUGAUGUCGUUGUCAUACCAGCUGGAGAUAUUGUGGUAUCAAGCUGAGAGGCUCCGCUCUUUAGGCUGGGCCGAAUUCCUGAGAGUCCGAAUGACACCUAAUCGCCAGUCGAUGUCCAUUUCAUAUUGGAUGUUUGUGUCACAGCUUAAUCUUAAUCUUCUGGGGCCUUCUAAUGUACCAUACAGACGAAAGUCGCCACCUCACCUUCCUGGAAGACCCGCCCCUCAACGAUCCAAAAUCCCUGGCCUUGGCGGCACACUUACCAUAUCUAUUGUACGAAUACCGACCCCUCCAAAGAAUAAGGCGAAUCGUUCCCCGAGAGCUCGCGUUCUUGCAGAAUUGCAAGAGAAAUCAAAACUUGAUGGUGGGCGCCCUUCAGACGACAUUGAACCUUUGAGGUUUGAAAUAAAGUGGGAGCCGGAGAAAGGUGCACUAGGUGUGAUGACCCCCUUUGAAGAUAUUCGACUUCCACAGGCCGAAUUAUCCAUAGAUCCAGACAAUCUUGACAUCGAAGCUAUUUUACGAAAGGUGAUCAAGAGACACACGGAAGCGAUUUUGAAUGCUAUCAAGUUCCAACUUCAACAUGCACCGUCCACCCGCAGUAUAUUCUCUCCUCCGGGAGAGGUCAGUCUUGUCGUAGAAGAUGGAGUGUACGCCUUGCGUACACACCUCUGCGCAGACGAAGUCGUCAUUAUAACAAUCGAUUCGAGGACAGGACGCCUGAAUCUACGAGAUACUGGAGAUCUUGCUGCAGCUGGUAGAGGAAGACGUUUCGCCUUGAUCACUGAGAAGCUCAAUGAGAGCCCGAAUCUGUUGGCCGAUGCCCUCAUCCGGCUGAAAUUCACCACGAUCACGGACCUAGCAGAACAAAGGGCCAAUUAUUUAGGGCUUCAGAGUUACCGUACUCGGAACUUUUCUCGAGAAGAGCUGCAAAAGCUGGGACCGUCUGCGCGGGGUAUGCUGUACAUUCAACUUGCGAAGUUCCCUUUGCAUUACCUUGUCCUGGUCAUUACCGAUGAAGACUUCCGAUACGCUCUCAUUUCAGCGGAGGUUCUGCAAGACACGAUGUUCCACGAUAUGACCAUGAAAGACAUAGGAUGGUUGGAUGUACGACGGGUACAUGGUGAUCAAAUUACUGUAACAUUGCGCAACGGGCCACACACAGAACCAACUACUGGACAAAAGCGGAAACGUGACCCGAGUGACGAGCCAGAUUCGAUGGACCCGGCGGAAAUGUAUACACCGCGUUUCAACUUGGAGACACAAGUGCUCCGUGAGCUAUACGCAUAUUGUUGUGCCCGAGUUGCAUACUACAAGAUAGAACAACAGUUCAAGUCGCGUAGUAUCCCCUACACCAUUGUAAGCUCCGCAGCCACCGCUCAACUCCCAGAGCUUGCGCACAUUCAGUCCUCCCUGGCCCACUCCAUCCCAGCCCUCUGCGUCGAAUCAUCCGUCAUCCUCUCUGGUGCUCCCGCUGCAGAAGCGGCAAUGCCAAACAUUCGGGUGAUACCGCUGAACUGGUGGUCUGACAGGCAAGCGCAGGUCGUAACAUGUGUAAAAUUGAAGUACGUUCAGCAACCCGUUGGCAAGAGGGCAGGGAGCACUGUGAUUCGGCCAUCCAAGAGAAUCAUAUACGAUACCACUGAGGCUAUCGUCUCUUUUCUUUCCGAAGACGUUGACAAAUGUGUGGAUGAAUUCCUGGAGGAAUGGGCACGCGUGUCCAAGAUGGUUGUCAUCGCUCUUGCGGAAAUGUCGCGUAACAAGAAAUGGAAGGGUGUGCGACUGCUCUCGUUCGACCUGCAAACUGUGGAAUUCGCAUACGCUGCUGAUUACGCUGUAUCGAUCACUUGCACAGACCAGCUGUCGCCUACGGGCGGCUCAUAUGACAUGCAGUUCUCUCGGGUAUGCAGCAUUACAGACGAUCAUCCGAUGGGCAGAGAUGAUCAAGCGCAGUAUAAUCCUCACGAAGACCUAGAACCAUUUCUCCGCAACCUCCUCCGACAUGGCCGGCUUGCACCGAGUCUACAGCGCCUAGUGCGGCUGCUGAGGGAUACAUUACCUAUCGUCGCGGAACUAGACGCCAUCAGCCUGAGCGCAGCAGAGAGUGGGGAGAACGUGGAUGUAUUCCCCAAGGCAGCCGGCUGGUUCAGGGUGCUCUAUGGUGACUUUAGACAUGCCCUCGACUUCCGAUUAAUGACCGGUGGACGUGUUGCGAUGAUCGACGGCGCUACCUCACUUUUCUUCGCGGAUGCGCCUAGGUCAUCGACUUCUGCGGGUGGUUCCCUCACGAAACCAUCCAAGUCAUCUCAUAUAUCUUCAAGUGCAAGCUUAGAUAGCACAGCUCUCCUGCAACCUAUUCCAGACUUUACGACUCUUGUGGAAGGUGCGGCGCGGGACGUGCUGGCGCGCACCUCGCCCAACCGCCAUAUCGCACCAAUCGAUAUUGGCGUGGUGUGUAGCACUGCAGCUGUUCGUGAGGUGGGAAGGGUAUUGCAUGAGCGGAUACUAGGGCGUCUCAAGUCAUCCAACGGAAGAGAGUGA